AUGAACGGGCAUGAUUUACUAAUGAGUAUUGUCGAAUCUACUAGUUUCAAAUUUCAAUGGGUGAAGUACGAAAACCCAUUGCUAGUGUUCUUCCUUAUCCUCAGCGCACUUACUGUUUUAGAUUCGCGUCUUUUACCUACGUAUGGUGACAAGAUGAUAGACAGUAAAACACUAUUACGUAAGUUAGGGGUUGUUGCUCAGGAGUUCAAGCAUAACUUACACGAAAUGGCGGUCGAGAAAGCAGUAACAGAACGACAUGCUCCGGAUGGUCCUGAUCCUCAACACCAUUUUAUUCCUUCAGCAAAACCAUAGUACAAUUAUGCAUGUCAUUUAUUAUUGUGGCUGUUGCCUAUUUAGUAGGUCGUUAUAAAUGGUUAUUAUCGUAACAAAUAUGUACUGCAAGUAUUUUCUAGGGGAAGUUUAUCUCAUGCAUUAUCAGCAAUAUGUAUAUGCAGGCAUGCAGUACGUGUUCUUUGCGUCUCUAUGCAAAUAUUCAUUACCAGUUAAUAAUUUUAUUUUCCUUAAAAAUUAUAUUGAGUUGUGAGGUAAUUGGAAUUGAUGAAAUAAUUAUUACAGAGUACAUAAUCUGUAAGU